AUGACGGCGGAGGAGGCGCUGCCCCUGGGCAACGGGAAGGCGGCCGAGGGGGCGCGGGCGGCCGGGGCGCCGGGGGGCGGCGGCGGCGGGGGCGCGGCGCCCGCGCGCGACCCGCGCGACAAGGCGGUCCACGAGCGCGGCCACUGGAACAACAAGGUGGAGUUCGUGCUGAGCGUGGCCGGGGAGAUCGUUGGGCUGGGCAACGUGUGGCGCUUCCCCUACCUGUGCUACAAGAAUGGAGGAGGGGCAUUCCUGAUUCCCUACGUGGUGUUUUUUAUUUGCUGUGGAAUUCCUGUUUUUUUCUUGGAAACUGCUCUGGGGCAAUUCACAAGUGAAGGUGGCAUCACCUGUUGGAGGAAAGUUUGCCCUUUAUUUGAAGGCAUUGGCUAUGCAACGCAGGUGAUUGAGGCCCAUCUCAAUGUGUACUACAUCAUCAUCCUGGCAUGGGCCAUUUUUUACCUGUGCAACUGCUUCACCACGGAACUCCCCUGGGCCACCUGUGGGCAUGUGUGGAACACAGAAAAUUGUGUGGAGUUCCAGAAACUGAAUGUGAGCAACUACAGCCAUGUGUCCCUGCAGAAUGCCACCUCCCCUGUCAUGGAGUUUUGGGAGUAA